CGCCGUAGAGUGGCUCGCUUAUUCGGGAGGAAUGACAACCCUGGCAGCAGCUGCGAACAGCUGAUAAAUUUUUGUUUUCUCACACGUAAAGUUAAUUGCAUGCAGAAAAACAAUUUUGAAAACCAAACAAGACUGGCACAAUGAGCGAGGCGGAGAAACAGGCGGUCUCCUUCGCCUGCCAGCGAUGCAUGCAGCCUAUAGUGUUGGACGAGCAGCUGGAUAAGAUCAACGACCAUGCCAUGGCGGAGCUAUCACUGCCUAUAUACGGGGACAAUGGGAACGUUUUGGAUCCCCAGGGCGCCAGCAGCUUCGAUCACUUCGUGCCGCCAUACAGGCUGACUGACUCCAUCAAUGGGACUGGAUUCAUGCUAGUUUCCGAUGGCAGGGACAGCAAAAAGAUGAGCGCUGCCUUCAAGCUGAAGGCGGAACUAUUUGACUGCCUUUCCUCGAACUCUGAAAUUGACCAUCCGCUGUGCGAGGAAUGCGCCGACUCCAUGCUGGAAAUCAUGGACCGCGAGCUAAAAAUCGCCGAGGACGAGUGGGGUGUGUACAAGGCGUAUCUGGACGAGUUGGAGCAGCAGCGGGAGGCUCCUAAUGUAGACGCCCUGGAUAAGGAGCUGGAAGAGUUGAAGCGUAGCGAACAACAGCUUCUUUCAGAACUUGGCCACCUUAAGGAGGAAGAGCAACAGCUGAAAGAUGCUAUUGCCCAGGAAGAACAGGAGAGGGAGCAGCUACAUGAGCAGGAGGAGUGCUACUGGCGUGAAUACACGAAGCAUCGGCGUGAACUGAUGUUGACAGAGGACGACAAACGCAGCCUGGAAAGCCAGAUCGCCUAUUCCCGCCAGCAAUUGGACAAGCUGCGUGACACCAAUAUUUUUAACAUUACUUUCCACAUAUGGCACGCUGGCCACUUUGGAACCAUUAAUAACUUCCGGCUCGGACGCUUGCCCACUGUCUCAGUGGACUGGUCGGAGAUUAACGCUGCCUGGGGCCAAACGGUGCUGCUCCUGUCUGCAUUAGCCCGAAAGAUUGGCCUCACAUUCGAGCGCUAUCGGGUGGUACCCUUUGGGAAUCACUCCUAUGUAGAGGUGCUUGGAGAGAAUCGAGAGCUGCCUUUGUACGGAAGUGGCGGAUUUAAGUUCUUCUGGGACACCAAGUUUGAUGCUGCUAUGGUGGCAUUCCUCGACUGCCUAACACAGUUUCAGAAGGAAGUUGAAAAGCGCGACACUGAAUUCCUGUUACCCUACAAGAUGGAGAAGGGAAAAAUAAUUGAUCCCUCCACUGGAAAUUCCUAUUCGAUAAAGAUUCAAUUCAACUCUGAGGAGCAAUGGACCAAGGCCCUUAAAUUCAUGCUAACGAACCUGAAGUGGGGUCUAGCAUGGGUCUCCUCGCAAUUUGUUUCGCCGUGAUGUUCCCCUUUGUCAUUCAAUCGUUUAUUUAUACAACUAAUUAUUAAUCUUCCUAGUGCUUAAAAUUAAAGCUAAAUCAUUCAAAUUU